CGUGAAUCGGUUGUAUGCGGUUCGGUUUUUAUAGGUUUUACCAGUUUCGGGAUCGGUUUCGGUUUGAAUUCGAUUUUUUGCUAACCCCCAGAUUAUACGGUAUUUACGCAGCGUUACUCCUAAAACACACGUCACUUCCCCAACCGUUAACACCGCCAAUAUUUCCUCCUCACCUUUCUCCACCAUAAUCUCUGUCUCUUCAAUUCUGUAGCAAACUUUCCCUGUAAUAUUUUACAGCUAAACCAUUUACAUUAGGUCGCCAUCUCAACAACUAACUCUACCCCUCCUCCGUUUGGUCACUAACCAACAUUUGCAUUUGACAUUCUACUUCCCAGGAUAGCUUACAAUGCACAGCACUUGUUUGUCUAUAUAGCUCUUGCAUGUUUGCUCUAGCUGAUUGAGGUGGCAGGGUGGAAAUCAUUGAGGAAAAAUGUCGCGAAAGAGGGAAGAAGAAAGACUCGAAAGGAUUAUUCGAGAUCUUCUGAGACUCCCGGAAAAUAGGAGAUGUAUUAAUUGUAACCAUUUGGGCCCACAAUAUGUUUGCACAACAUUUUUGACAUUUGUUUGCACAACCUGCAGUGGAGUACAUCGGGAGUUCAAUCAUCGAGUCAAAUCAGUGUCAAUGGCCAAGUUUAAAUCUGAAGAAGUCACUGCUCUUCAAGCUGCUGGAAAUGAGCGAGCUAGACAAAUUUAUCUCAAAACAUGGGAUCCAGAACGUAAUACUCAUCCAGAUGGGAGUAAUAUUCAUAAAAUUCGAGAUUUUAUCAGGCACGUCUAUGUGGAUAGAAGAUAUACUGGACAGAGGAGUUUCAGUAUGCAUGCAAUGGCAAAAUCAGGUCAAAAGGGUAGCUUCAAUGAGAGGCAUUUAAUUGAGAGGUCUGGCCUGGGUUCAAGGGAGGACUUCUAUGAGAGGCGAUACCACGAAAGAGAAAGUCCCAGUGGAAGGAGUGACAGGAAUUACAGAGAUUAUAUCAAUGACAGUAGUAAUAGAAAUUAUAUUGACGGCAAAGAUUAUAAGAACUGUAUUGAGGACAGAAGUCCCGAUAGCAUAUAUGAGAGAUAUGGAACUCUUAGGAGUCGUUCGGCUGCUCACUUUGAGAUAGUCGAUAACAGGAAUCAAAAUGAUAGAUAUGGAAGACGAUCACAAAGCUUUAGGACUUCUAGAUCAGACACCAGUAUGUCACCAGAACCUCACAGGAUAAGGGAGGAAGCAGACAAUAUGGCACCAGAAACACAAAGCAUAACAGGGAAGGCAAAACUUCCAGUGUUACGCCCUCUUAAAGAUAUAAUGGGCAAGAGUCCUCCAACUCUAAAAGUCAGUGAUCCCUCUAAAGCAAUUAAGGCUAAGGAUUCCAAUGCCGCUGCUAAUGAUCAGAAAAAAUCAUUCUCGGGUAGUCAUGGUUCUGCUGAUGUGAAGGCAGAUGAUAAUAAAUCAGCAAAUGCAAGUGGUUUGAUUCAGUACGACAAUAAUUCUGAGUUACCAGAUACUUCUACUAAAGCACAAACAGAAUUCAAUUCUUCUGUUCAGUCUUCGAUAGUGCAAAGGACUAAUAAUCCUCCCAGUAUAAAUUCUGUGGAAUUUUUAUUAUUUGAAUUGUCAGGCUUAGCAGUAGGGAAUGCAUCUGAAAAAUCAAGCAGUAAUGCAGCUACAUUAGCUGCACCUGCAACUUUGUCGACUUCACCUGUGGCUUCAUCCACUGAACCUGUAGUUUCAUCCAUCGUACCUACAGCUUCAGUUUUACCAGCAGGGAAUGCAACUAAAAUUUCAAGCAGUAAUACAGCUUCAUCAACUGCACCUGGAACUUUGUCAACUUCACCUGUAGCCUUAUCAACCGAACCUUUAGCUUCAUCAAUUGUACCUACAGCUUCAUCAAGUCCAGUAGCCUUGUCACCUGUACCCAUAGCUCCAUCAACUAAACCUGUAACUUCAUCUAUUGGUACCGCUACUACUGAAAGUGCAUCAACACCAAGGACGUCAGUAACUAUCUCCGGCGAGGCUGUUGCGGCAACUUCACCGCUAGAAAAUGCACAAAACCAUCCAUUUAGCAGUUCUUAUCCUGUGUCACCGGUAGCUGAAGUAGCUGAAGGAAAGGAAGUCCAGAAAACACAGCAACAGAAGCCUUCUGCCUCUCCUUCUGGAACUAAUAGCUCUACUAGUCCACAGUGUGCACCAACAUUUGAAGCUUUCUUUGAUCAGCCCACAUUUUCUUUAGCAGCACCAACUGCUCAAAAAGCUCCAGGUGAUGCAUCAGCUGAACAAUCCACUCAGGCUGUCUCCAAAGCAGCUCAAGCUACUACUUCACCUAGAAAUGAAUCAAAAUCUACUGGAAGAAAAGAGCUCCCAGCAGAACUUUUCACAUUCAGCUAUCCCACAUAUUCUGCACCAGCUGAUAAUUGGCAGUUCCGUCCACCUUAUGGAGUGGGACAUGGCAUGCAAUAUGCUCCUUCUCCAAGGGUGACUGCUUUUCCUGGUACUGCAAAAUCAUGGAACCCAUUCGAUCUUGGAGAUGACUCCAGAGCGGUUCAAGGUGCAAUGUUAUCCUCAAUAGAAUAUUUCCCGGGAGCAGUUCCACAGACAUCACCUCACUCGGGAUUGCAGCCUCAGCCAUCACCUAUUCAAUCUGGACAUACUCCAGAACUGCCUUCUUAUAGAAUGAACAUGUCCGCAGGAGGAUAUAUUGGGCAACUACCUAACAACAUGCCAAUUCCCAGACCACGAGGAAUUGGUAAUUUUGGUGGUAAUGAUGAUGGUAACACUGCUUUGGCCACAUUGAACCCAUAUCAACAUUCCACUGGUGGUUAUUCAAGUAAUUUAAUCCCCACGGCUUCAAAUUCCUUCUCAUCUACUGGUGGAAACCCAUUUGCAUAGUGCCACAAGAUGUAAUCUUUUGAUCUGUCCCCGUUCUUCUCGCAUUAGAGAGAAGGUUAAAAAAAGAAACUGUAGUCAGGUCCAGCUUAUAUCAGUUAUAUAUGGAAGCUUGCUUGCUCCUUCUGCCACAUGUAAAGUAUCUUCAACGCGAAGAAAUCAGUUCUAGGUUUGAGUGUUUCUGACUAAUUUCCUUGUUUUUAUUUAGGCAUGUAUACACGAACUUCAAAGCAUUGCAUAUUGAUCUUUCUGGGUAAAAAACUUGGGCAAUGAGAACACCAAAGAAGUUUCAAAAGUUUGAUUCUAACUUCUUUUGUUGGUUUUGGUAGCACGGAAAACAUAUAGUUCUCGACCACUUUCCAACAAAACUUUAUUAUUUCACAUAAGUCUUAAUUUAGAGUCUGUGGGAACAGAGAUGUUAUGGAUUUGUGUUUAAACAUACACUAGAACAGCGUUUUUUACCACCAAAUUUUCUGAACUUGAGAAGUAUAUACACCACUAGACCACACACAAAUCCUUUUGCAGCACUUGAACCCACCAAGGAAACGGCCGUGCACAAAAGCAUCACAAAGGAGUCUUCUUUGGAGUUCAUAUCCUUGCAACACAUAGCUAGCUCUAUUCCAGCAAACAAUAGGAGCACUCCCAAUACCCCAACAGGAAAUUGGUUCAAAAUCUUCACCAAGGAAC